AUGGCUAAGAACGGGAAAGUUCCAAAGACUGGGCAAAAACGUACUAGCAAAUCCUUUUUGGAUUGGAAAAAGAGACAACAAUUGAGAUCAGAACAAGACGUGGUGGAUCCUUCCAUGUUUGAACAUACUGCUAACGAUACUGAUAAGUUGAGAAACGGUGAUAACGAUGAGGAUGAUGAUGAUGAUGAUGAUGAUGAUGAUGACGAGGAGGAGGAGGAGGAGGAUGAAGAUGAAGAGAAUGCUGAGGGACAACCCCAUGGUAAUCCGUCUUCUUCAGUUAAUAGUAUUUCUUUUAAACCAAUUGCAAAGAACGGAGUCAAUUUGUACGACGGUAAUGUCGGUCUGAAUAACGUGAUGAAAUUGGAUCCUAUUCAAGAACAUCGAACUGAGGAUGAAGACGCGUAUUUACAAACUCAAAUGGUUGAUGAGUUUGUGAAUCAUAACCACAAGUAUUCGGAAGUACAAUAUAUUCCUCAACCCAAAGUGAAACAGAUGCAAGAGAAUAACACUAAGGCCAAGAAUAAGGAGCCACCUUCAGAACAAAGUAAACAGUUGGAUAGGUUGACAGAAGCCUAUAAGAACAAAACAUUGUCCGAGGCAGAUUUACAAAGAGUAUUGUUAUCAUUUACCCCAGAUAAUGAUAGUAAUUCCGAUAUUCCAGAGAAAGAUGAACCGAAUCAAGAAGAUGAAGAUAUUACCAUAGCAAUUCAACAGAAAAAACUUGAAUUGAAGAAUCCUCCAAUCAAGAUAACUACUACUUUAUUAAAACAACAAGAUUCUUCGUCUCCUGUUUCUACCAAUAUCGAUAAUGAAAUGAUUAUCCCACCAACAUUGAUUGAUUCGUUACAUUCGUCCAACAUUCCUUCGCCACCUUCAAGUUAUAAGAGAAUUUUUUUAAAUAUUGUAUUUACAAUCACUGAUAUCAUCGAUAAUUGUCAAGCUAAAGCUUAUGAAUAUUUGUGUUUGGCCUUUCUGUAUUUAAACAUUUCCAUUCCAAAGUAUGUUGUACCUUUUUUUUAUUUGACUUCCAUACAAAUAUUUAUACUAACACAUUUCUUUGUUUUUUUUUUGUUUGAUAUUUAA